UUUCUUUCUCUCUCACACACUCACACACUCAUUUUUCAUCUCUCCUCUAUUCUUAUUCGUAGUUCGUACCACUAUUAUUGUUAAGCCCCCAAUCCCCUUCCAAUAUUUUUCCUCCUUUUCUCGUCCCAUCUUCUCAUGCUCAACUCAAACCCCAACUAAGAAAUUCUGAAAAUCCAAGCACUUCUCCCCCAAUCCCCAAUGCUCAGACCCUUCUUCUUUCCUCAUACUCCUCACCCCCACAAAUCUUGAUACAUACCAGAAAGAAACUUCUUCCGAACCCUUCUCAUUUUUCAUUUUUUUUUGUAGAAACAAAAAAAAAAGAAAAGAAGGGAAGAUGAAAAGAAACCAUCCAAAACUGCAGCAGUCAACAGCAGCAGCAGCACGAGUGCAAGUCCAGGAAAGCAGCUAUUCAGGUGGGGGUGGAAGUUCAACGGGAAGUGGCAGCUGUUACAGUACCAUGGCGAGUUGCGGCUCUGCAGGAGGAGGAAGCCAGAGCAAAGGGAAGAUGUGGGUUGAUGAGUCUGACCAGCAAGAUGAUGAGCUUUUGGCUGUUUUGGGCUAUAAAGUCAAGGCAUCAGAUAUGGCUGAAGUUGCACAAAAGAUUGAGCAGCUUGAAGAGGUUUUUGGUAAUGCCGAAAAUGAUAGUUUAUCCCAUCUGGUUUCCGAGACUGUUCAUUAUAAUCCCUCAGAUCUUUCGUCCUGGCUUGGAUCUAUGAUUUCUGAACUCUACCCGGAUAUGUCUUCCAUCCCUGAUUCGUCUGCAAUUUCCUCGUUGGAUAAUUGUAGCUCGAAUAACACUACUAGCAAUAGUGCACGUACCUUGCACAAUUAUCCCAAUUCCAAUCGGGUGAUUUUUGACGACUCAUCUUUCGAUUCUGAUCUCACCGCCAUCCCUGGAAAGGCGGCGGUUUACCCACAAAUCCAGCAAUUGCCGUCCCCUGUUUCCGUUUCUCCUGGUUCUGUUCAGCCGCCGAGUAAGAGAAUGAAGCCAAGUUCCCAAAUGGGCGGUUGGGGGACUCCAAGCGAGUCCAUCAUCACGAAUUCGAGAGCUGUUGCGUCAACAAGGCCAGUUGUUCUUGUUGAUUCCCAAGAAAAUGGGAUUAGGCUUGUUCAUGCUUUGAUGGCCUGCGCUGAGGCUAUUCAGCAAGAGAACAUGAAAUUAGCUGAAGCUUUGGUGAAACAUAUUGGAUUCUUGGCAGUUUCUCAAGCAGGGGCAAUGAGAAAAGUGGCAACUUAUUUUGCUGAAGCAUUGGCAAGGAGGAUUUAUAGAUUGUAUCCAACCAGCCCUCAUGAUUCUGCCUUUACUGAUUUGCUGCAAAUGCAUUUUUAUGAGACUUGUCCUUACAUAAAAUUUGCCCAUUUCACAGCAAAUCAGGCGAUCUUGGAGGCUUUUGCUAACAAAAAUCGGGUACAUGUGAUCGAUUUUAGUAUGAAACAAGGUAUGCAAUGGCCUGCGUUGUUACAGGCUUUGGCCUUGAGGCCAGGUGGUCCUCCUAGUUUUAGGCUAACUGGGAUUGGACCGCCUUCACAUGAUAAUACUGAUCAUUUGCAAGAAGUCGGGUGGAAAUUAGCCCAAUUAGCUGAUUGCAUUAAAGUUGAAUUUGAGUUCAGAGGCUUCGUUGCUAACUCCCUUGCUGAUCUUGACGCAUCCAUGUUUGAUAUUCGCGAAGGAGAAACAGUUGCAGUGAAUUCCAUCUUUGAAUUGCAUCAGCUUUUAUCUAGGCCAGGGGCUAUUGAAAAAGUCUUGUCAGCUGUGAAAGAAUUGAAGCCUGAAAUCUUAACCGUGGUCGAGCAAGAAGCUAAUCAUAAUGGACCGGUUUUCUUGGACCGGUUCACCGAGUCAUUGCAUUAUUACUCGACCCUUUUCGACUCGUUGGAGGGUUGCGGCAGUGGCGGCGGCGGCCGCAGCGGCGGUAACGGAGGUGUUGAUGGUGGUUCUAGUAGUGGCGGCGGUGUGGCUGUGAGUGAUCAAGAUAAGGUGAUGUCUGAGGUGUAUUUAGGGAGGCAGAUCUGUAAUGUGGUGGCUUGUGAGGGGGUGGACCGGGUUGAGAGGCAUGAGACAUUGGCUCAAUGGCGAACCAGGUUCGGUUCGGCCGGUUUCGAGGCGGUUCAUUUGGGUUCCAAUGCCUUUAAGCAAGCUAGUAUGUUAUUGGCUUUGUUUGCUGGUGGGAAUGGGUAUAGAGUGGAGGAAAACAAUGGGUGUUUGAUGUUGGGAUGGCAUACAAGGCCUCUAAUUGCAACCUCGGCUUGGAAACUCAGUUAACCGACCGAGUUAAACUUGACUCGGUCAGUGAGUUAUGGGUUUGCAGGGGGGGACUAGCUCAGUUUUGGGCCUUUUGGUCUACCAAACCAUUGUAAGAGUGGUCUCUGCUUAGCUGGGUACCUUAGUGAGGUGAGACCCACCGCUCCCUAGUGUGUCUCCCUUUGUUUUUUGUUUUUUUUUUUUUGAAUUAUUCAAUUUUCUUUUUACUUUAUCCAUCUGUUUUAGGUUUUUAAUUUUAAUUUUUUUAGGGUUUUUUUUUUUUUUGUUAAUUUGGGGUGGAAUCAUGUAACUUUCCGGGGGUGAAUCUCAAAAGGGUCAAUGUGUAGUUAUAUAUAGCUUUGCUUAAUAAAAAGAUAGGGGACUUCUUUUUCUUUUCUUUCUUUCUGGAUACUUGAUUGUGGGCGUGAUGUAAAUGACAGAAUGGCAUAUUUGUGGAA